AUGAGCGAGGUCUCGUCGACCCGGCUCUAUCUGGGCAAUCUUCCUCGCACUGCUACAAAGCAAGACAUUGAAGAACACUUCAAUAGAGAAGGAACUGGCAAGAUCACCGAGGUCAAGCUUAUGAAUGGCUUUGGUUUCAUUGAAUACGAAGAUGCGCUGGAUGCUCGAGAUAUUGUCCCAGUAGCUCACAGACCACAGGAUCUCAAAGACUUCGCCAGACAGUCUGGACUUGAUGUCGUCUAUUCCGAGACCGGUCGCGAUAGAGAUGGGAAAGGCUUUGUUGAGUUCGAAACAGCCAAAGACUUGAGCACUGCUGUUGAAAAGCUUGACAACCACGAAUUCAAAGGCACGACCGUUCACUGUGUUUCCGACAUUCAGGAAGAACGCCCACAGCGAGACAUGGGCUAUCGAUCUCGUACUCCUCCGCGUCGCUACGGACCACCAGGAUUUGACGAACCUUACGACCGUCGAGGUCCCCCUCCCCGGGGCUAUUCUCCAAGAGGCUAUCCACGCGAACGUUCACCGGGAAGAGGACGAUAUGAUGACUAUGGCCGUGACUAUGGAAGGAGAAGUCCACCACUACCAAGAGGACGAUUGGAUGACGGAUAUGGACAUGGACCACCGCCUCCACGACGAGCACCCUACGAACACGAUCCUUACGACAGACGAGGACCGCCACCUCCAGGUGGCUAUCCUGACCCAUACAGAAGUGGAGAUCCAUAUGCCAGACCACGGAGUCCACUACCAAGGUAUGGCGGUGGCGGUGGCUAUGGCGGAUAUGAAGAUGGAGCUUAUCCAAGACGAUAUUGGUAA